AUGAAUUCAACGUCAGACCUAUUUACCAAAAACCUAAAACCGUUACCAAUUCGCAAUCCAUUUGGUAGAGUGAAAAAAAAGGGUCUGGACAUUGACAGUGUAAUAAAUGAAAUUAAAUUCGAUCAAAAGUUAAUAAGUGUGUUUAACACUUACAACAAGUACAUCAAUUUUCGGUUUGACUAUGUCAUCAGAACAAGUAUCACUCAGUUACCUGAUGAACUCAAUCAUAACGUUGACUAUUCUGAAUUUGAUCCAAGUCAACAUAUUAUACUAGAUUGUAUAAGUAGUAAGAAUAGUUUAGAUAAUGUUACUAAACUCCGAGAAGAAUUGAAAACUUUAACGACAGAAGUAAAUUUAAAAAGAAAAGAUUUGAGUUUAAUUUCCAUGACUGAGGAUGGAUUAAAAACAAAUAUUAAACAUUUAGAAGACAUUAUAUCAAUGAAGAAAAAUGCCAUCAGUAACAAUGUCAGCAAUGCAGAAAUCAGAUGUAAUGCAAAAGAAAAAUUUCAAAAAGAUUGCAAUAGAAUAAACAAGGAAUAUAAAAAAAUUUUAAGUCAGUUGAACAAGUCACAUAAAAUGACAAAAACUAAUUAUGGUAAUGGAACUAGUAAAGAUAAGGAUUACGGGGAGCAAACCAAUAAUAUGUUAUUACAAUAUAAAGAUAAAAUAAAAAAAAUGGAUGAUGCUAUAAAAAUUGCCAGUGACAAUAGAGAGAAAUUGCUACAAGAUCAAAAAGCCUUACAAACUUCUAAUGAUCGGUUAAAAACAUUUUAUGACCAAUUAAAUAACCAAAUAAAAAAUAAACAAGAAGUUUUAUUAUUAUUAAAACAAAAUGAAAAGCGAAUUAAUCAUUUAAAAACUAAUUUAUCUAAUUUGGAGGUUUUAUCAAGCGUAGAAAAAAGUAGAGUACAUACAUCAUCAAAUUUAAUUGAAAAUAAUAAUCUGAAAAAAGAAUUUUUGGAUUUGCAAAAUAUGAGAAAUGAAAUUUUAAGUUCACGUCCUAUAGGAAUGUUCAAUCCCAAAUAUCAAAAGGAAAAUAAAUUAUUUAAAGAAGAUAUUCGAAAAUAUUUAGAAAAUGAUGAAGCAAUUGAUUCCAUAGACUAUUUAAUUGAAUUAAAAAAUAAUAUGUGCAAUAAUGAUACAAAUUUAUUACAUUUUAUUCAUACGAAUUCAAAUGAAACAAAAAUUUUUUGGAAGUGUCUAUCAACUUUAAAUAUAGAUGAACUAAAAAAAUUGUUGGUACAUUAUUUUAUCAAAGUUGUUGAUUUAAAAGAAUCAGGACGAGAAAAUGAUGAAAUAAUAUCUAAGCUUGAUGCAAUAAAUGAUAGACAAAGGCAUAAUAUUGUGUCUUCAACUAAUUAUCAUCAAGAAUCUCAUUUGUCAAUCGAAAAAAAAUUCAUGGUAUUAAAAAAAGAUUAUCAAGGAAAAGUUAAUAUGUUAUUACAGCUAGUUCAAGAAGAUAAUAAUGCUAUUACUAUGUUUAAAGCGAGACAAGAAAUCUUAGGACUUAAAAAGCAAAUAAUUGAAUUGGAGAAGAAGUUACAAUCAGUAAAACAUAAGGACACUUCAGUGAUGCCAGAACCCCAUAUCUGUUCAAAUCUUCUUGAGACUUCGAAAUCAGAAUCUGAAACUAUAUCAUCUGCCAAAGUAAUAUACCAUAAAAACAAAUUGAAGAUACAAAAAAAUAAAUCCAAAUUGAUUUAA